GGUGGCUUGCAGAGAGCCAUCAUUGCAUUUCGGUCUCACUAACUGUAGCCAAGGUUUCGGAAAAGAAUAUAUUUUCUCAACUUAACAAUACGUGUCGAAGCCCAGGACAUCUUUUCCAGCUGAGGACCAGCUGCACAACUAUGACGCAAAAGCGCAUUCGUUUGAACUGGUGGCCGCAGCUGCUGGUGCUGCUGGCUUGGCUCUGCGCAGCCGUCGCAAGCUCUGAGGCAUCCGCAACUUCCGACCCGUGCGAGGAUGGACAGCUGAGGUGCGCCAACAAUCGCUGCGUCCCGGAGAGCUACAGGUGCGACGACGCCGACGACUGUGGUGAUGGCAGCGACGAACUCGGCUGCACUGUUCCUGGCAGGAACUGCAAAAUAACUCAGCAUGAAUGUGACGACGGAAGGUGCUUUCCGGCCCACUUCAUCUGUGAUGGCGACAACGACAGUGGAGACAUGAGUGAUGAACGCAACUGUACUCUGCCAGAGGGAAGGCGAUGCAGGACUGAUCUGUACGAGUGCGACAACGGAAGAUGCAUCACGGCGCGCUUCGUCUGUGACGGCGACAACGACUGUUGGGACAGAAGUGAUGAACGCAACUGUAACCAAGAUGCAACAGAGACUUCAUGUGGGCCAACGGAGUUCAGAUGCGACAAUGGUGACUGUAUUACAGGUUCAUAUGAGUGUGAUGGUGACAACGACUGUAGCGAUCACAGCGAUGAGCGCAACUGCACUAACGGUUGAGGCGUCCGGUCCAGGUUCUCCAGAUUUCAUCUGGUAAUACUGUUUAACCGACGUACAUUCGACAACGACCAACAUGCAACACAAAUAAAAAGCCACUCUCGUAUACCAUUACACAUGCUCCUAUCUAUUGAUAUAUCAAAACAUUCAUAAUUGUAUUGUUGUCAGCUUCAAUUUACUUGUUUAUACUAUCACUUAAACUAUACAAUUGUAACCAAGAAGUUGAAAGGCUUUUGUGUUCAAAAUAAGCUCAUUUAGCUGCAGAUGCAGCUAAUGGCUGUCAUUGAUUUUGAUUGAUCCUCGAAGCUUGAAAGGAUCUCAGAGCAAAACCGAUUAAAUUCAGAUCUAUGUUUCAUCGGUAGUUACUGUAAUGGAAUAAAUCAUUGCAAUCAUUCAGCAUUGUCCGUUAAAUUAUCAGCUGUAUUCUUAAAUGUUUUCAAGGAAAUUUCAAGAGCCAAAUAAAUUUGGGACUCGCAUAAUAAAUAUCAGCUAACCCUUGUAAUGUGCAGAAGAUAACUUCAAACAUUCUUUAUGCAAAUAGAUAUACAUUUCCUUGAAUUUUUUCUUAUAUUAAUACAUCUUUAUUUCAUAGCAACUAAGCACACACGUUCAAUAUGUUGCUUCCAUACAGACAAAUUUGCUUGUA